AAAAUCAGCUACUUAGAUACAAACACAUUAUUCAAUAUCAAAAUUAAAUUAAGAAAAGAAAUAAAAUUAAAUUGAAGAUACAUAACAUUAAUCCACAUUAGUCUUUUUACUCCAGAACUAAUAAGUUACAAUUUUAUUUGUGUUUACAAACAAAAUCUUUUUUUUUUUGCUUUAGAUUAUAAUAAGUUAUGUGUCAAAGGAAUUUAACAAUUUUGUAUGGAAGUGAAACAGGGACAGCACAAGAAGUCAGUGAAAAUAUUUGGCGUGAGUCUAAACGUUAUCAUUUCCGUGGGUUCGUCAAGCCUUUAAAUGAUUAUGAUGUCAGUAAUUUAAUUGACGAGAAGCUCGUACUAUUUGUUUGUUCUACAACUGGAUCUGGUGAAGAACCUGAGAAUAUGAAAACGUUUUGGAAAUUUUUGCUACGUAAAAACCUUCCGUCAGAGUCAUUAUCAAAAGUUAACUUCGGAAUUAUUGGUUUGGGCGAUUCUAGCUAUCAAAAGUUUAAUUUUGUCGCAAAAAAACUAUAUAAAAGACUUUUACAACUUGGAGGAACAGCAAUUUUGCCAAUUGCUUUAUGUGAUGAUCAGCAUGAUUUAGGUAUCGGCGCUACUCUUUCUCCGUGGAUUAUCAAUUUCUGGAAUAAAAUCAAUGAAAUUGAACCGCUUCCUUUGGGGAUAAAUCCAUUGCCAAGUUCUAUUAAAACUACAAAAUGGUCAGUCAAAAGAGUUCAAUCAAAUUCAUCGCAUGUAGAUAUAUUUGGACCUGAAUUUUUCGAAGAAACUUCAUCAAACGGAUAUGUUCAUGUUUUGGAGAAUAGAAGAACUACAACUGAGGAUCAUUUUCAAGACGUUCGCUUAAUUUCGUUCGAUCGAUGCAAUUUGAAAUGGAAUGUUGGUGAUGUUGCUUACAUCAGACCUAGAAACUCUCGCCAGAAUAUUGAACAGUUGUUUAAAAUCUUCAAUGAGCAUAAUUUGGGUAUUGAUGUUAAAGACGUAAUCAUUCUUGAGGAUAAUGAUGAAAUGCCAGCUCCAGUUUUUUUAAAAAAGCCAUUAUCAAUGGAGUUGAUUGCAAGCCAGUUUUGGGACUUGAGUUCACGUCCGAAGCUGCGAGCAUUCGAAGUACUUUCAUAUAAUUGUGAAAAUGAAUUGGAAAAGGCAAAACUACAAGAGUUUGCUUCAUUUGAAGGACAAGAAGAAUUGCUAAAUUAUGUUAAUCGAUCGAAACGAACAAUUCUUGAAGUUUUGCAAGAUUUUCCACAUGCUACUUCAAAACUUACUAUUGAUUUACUCUUUGAGUUAUUUCAACCAAUUAAACCUCGGGCAUUUUCAAUAGCUUCGAGCAGUCACAGUAAUUGCUUAGAUAUUCUUGUUGCUAUCGUUGAAUAUUAUACCAGACUGAAAGUUCAGCGAAAAGGCCUUUGUUCAAAUUGGUUAAAAGGUUUAAAAAUUGGAGAUCAAGUAAGAAUUUCAAUUAAGAAAGGAACAUUUCAAUUGCCAAAAGAAAUCACUACACCAAUCAUUAUGGUUGGUCCCGGUACUGGAUUAGCAGUAUUUCGUGCAAUUCUUCAAGAUGCCCAAUUUAAUGAAAAUCAUUUUAAAGACAAAUUUGUCUUAUUUUUUGGAUGUCGUUAUGCAAAAAAAGAUUUUCACUGUAAAGAUGAACUGAUAAAGAUGCAAAAUGAAGGAAAAUUGAAUCUUUUUUGUGCAUUUUCAAGAGACAGUGAUCAUAAAGUAUAUGUUCAAGACUUGAUUCCAAGAGAAAAAUCGCUGUUAAAAAAUUUAAUUCUUCAACGAGGUGGCUACUUUUAUGUUUCAGGAAAUUCAAAAAACAUGCCAAAAGAUGUAAGAGAAUCACUCGAAAAGGCAUUGGAGGAUAAAGAUUAUGUUACAUCUAUGGUUAAAUCGGGACGUUAUCAAGAAGAAACAUGGUCUUAAUUUAUUCGCGUUUUCAUUUGAUACUUAAAAUAUUUUAUUUUUUUUUACGCCAUUCUUUUUUUAUUGUACACUUUAAAAUGUUUUUCUUUUAAGUAGAAGAUUUAUAAAAUAUGGAAUAUGUAAUUAAUAUUUUAAUAUAAUCCAUCAAGCGAUAAUGCGUUAAACAAUUAUUUGUGAAAGAACCGUGAACAAAAAUAAUAAUAAUUAAAAAAUGUUUUAUUUGGAGAAAAUAAUUAUACUCUUUGAAUCUCAAAAAGUUUUACUUCUGUUUCAUACCAUAUAGCCGGAUCGACGUUUCUGAGGUAAAUUAUGCCCCACAUAUACGUUCUAAACCAGGCGGUUGUUCCACCUAAAGAAUUUAGAAACAAAAUAAAAAUCAAAUUAAUUUUUCGGAAAUUAGGGAUAUAUUUACUGUUUGCUUGAUAUUUUCUUAUCAAAAUUGGAUGAGGAACUGGAAGAAGUCCAACUAAUGUACCAUGUUGCAGAAAUUUCAAAAUUUCACUUUCAUCUGUCAAACCCCUGAUUAAGAAGAAUCGAUUAAGAAAAAUAAAAUUAAAAAAGACAUUUGCUGUAAAACUAGUUUAAUUAAUUACUUGUCAAUACAAAUUUUUUCCACUUGCGGAACCAAAACUUGUAAGAGUCGCAUGAUAGUUUGAAGUGGUAAUUUAGCUCGCCAAGACUGAACCCACUCUGAAUUAGCUCUCCAAAUGAUUUGAUUGUUCUGAGCUAUAUUUUGAGUUACACGAAUGCUCCCUCUUGUAUUUAUUGCGCGUUUAAAUGCCUGGGUCGGGCUCUUAAUAGGAGUUGUACUCUUAUUUUCAUUAUCAUCAAGAUCAAUGUCAGUUUCACCAUUGGUUAUUUCAGUAAUUGGUGUAGAUGUGUGUUCAGUAUUUGUUGUUAUAUCAUUGAGAAGUUGCUGACUAGGAUGAGCCGAUUCUUUUUCUGUCAUUUGAUUAAUUGCUGGUGUUUCAAGAAGAGUAGCAUUUAAAGUACCCGGGAGACAAGGUUCUGCUGGUUUGCUCCCUGGCUGCAGUACGUCUUGACCAUCACUCUUCAUAUCUUCAUCACUUGCUUCUCCAAUAAUUUCAGAUUCAAUUUUUUUUGGUUCUGUUAUUUCCGCUAAAUGCCCAAUAUUCUCACUAUCAUUUUCAUUCUCACACUCCUCGUCAUUAUCGUCAUUAUAAUUAUUUUGCUCUAAUUUUUUCAUAAAAUUUGCUGUUUUCUGAAUUCGUCCACUCAUUUUACGACUAUUUAAACAUUUAUUAAUCGAAUUCAUAUCAGUUGGAAUGUUUGCUAAUGUAUGGAACACUUGUCGCUUUCGUAUAAUCGUAUAAAUUAAAUUGGAGUUUCCAUCAAACUGAUACUGAAUUAUGUUAUUGAAAAUUUCCAAAAGGAAAAACACUAAAUGAUGAUUUGAUGGGGAGCUAAAUAAGAACCAAGGUGUACUAAAAGCUUCCAACAAAUGCAAUAGUUUAAUUGCUGCAACCAUCGAGAGAGUUUUUAAAUAAGGAGAAACAUUUACUAAAAUUGUAAGUAAGCAAUCAAAUAAUGGCUGAAGACGUUGAUGUCCAGUAGCUAUGAUUUUAUGAAAAACAGUUAUCAAUAAAUCAGCAUGGGUUCCAGAGAAAACAGGAAUGUCCAUAGGAACGGUUGCUACAUAUGGUUUGUUAAGUCUCACACCAAAAUUUCUUUCUCCGGAUAAUAAAAGGAGUAUAAACACGCCAAUAUGCAUCAGUCCAACUCGAGCUACAAAAUUUAAGAUAAAAUUAAUAAAAGUUUUUUCAUUCGAGAAAAUGCGCUUGAUCAAAAGUUAAUAAAUUUAAAAAAAUUAUUUCCUACAUUGAUCGGCACGUGAAUCAUUUAAGUGAUACAAAAUUGGAACUAGAAUAUCCAAAACAUCGGAGCUCUUGAGCACAAAAUAGAGAAACUUUUUGUUAAAGUCACAGAUUUUCCAAAAAAAUACUAAUAACUCUUGGUGACAAUAAAGUCUCUUAGUAGAAUUAGGCAAAUAGCUUUGCACCAAAGGAUUAUUUAAAAGUCUCGUUAUUCCUUUCAGCAUAAAACUGAAAUCUUCAUCUCGAUGAAUUCUCGAUAAGUAAUUGAUAAAUAAAUUAUCUAUUACAGUCUCCUCAGCAUGCAAUGAUGACGAAAUAACCGACGAAUUUGGUGAUGGAGUACUGCAUGUUAUGACAUCAUGAUCUAAUGUUACAAUUAAUAAUUGCAAGCAAACUUCUGCAAGAGGUUCUUGAAAGUCUUGAAAAAGUAAAUGAUUGUAAGGA